ACGACGUGCGCAAACGUCUCGGAGGAAAUGCGAAGAAAGAAAUAAAUCCUGAGCAACAGCACUGCGGAAAGAAGCAGAAGAAGAUGGUUUUCUUUUGGAGAAAGAAUCGCCAAGAAGAUCAAGAAGUUAAGGAGUCACCUAAUCUCCUUGCGCCCACCAUCCAUUCUUCCUCUUCAUCAUCAUCAGCAUCCUCUUCUAUCGAUCUCCAGAAUGCAGCUCCUCGCAUGAGACCUUCUGCUGCCAAAUGCUCAUUAGUCGAUCCCAGAGAGACAGAUGACCUCCGUUCCGCAUCUCCACUCGAUCCCCAUAAUGCACUUCGUCUCCCGAUACAUUCUUCUUCCGAACAUUCGUCCGUUGAUCCCGCAAAGAUAGAACGCCAAACUUGUCCACCUUCUUCUUAUUCUUGUCCAAUCGAUUCCCAGAAUGCACUUCCUCCCCUGAAACCUCCUUUUGCCAACUGUCCGUUGGAUGAUCUCCAAGAGGCGGAACCCCCUCUUUGUUCAUCUUCUUCUUCUUCUUCGUCUUCCUCCUCUUCUCCUCGUUCGUCUUCUUUCCUUGAGUCCGAUCUCCCAAAAAAUGUCUUCCCCCAUGGCGAGGCGGACGAACCAAUCACGAACCAGGCCUCCCCUUGUGAAGCAAAGGAGGAGACCCUUCUUACCGUCCCCGGCGCUAUCAUCCACCUCAUCGAUGAGCGCGAGAGCGUCGAGCUCGCCGGCGGUGACUUCUCGAUCGUCCGCCUGACCCAAUCGGAAAACAUGAUCGCCGUGAUCGCCCGGAUUGCUAACGUGCAUUGGCCGUUGGCCAAGGACGAAGCCGCCGUUAAGCUCGACGACUCGCACUACUUUUUCUCGCUGCGCGUGCCGGCGGAGUCCGGGCAGCAGGGCUCCGACGCCGCUGAUUGGGUGCUGAAUUACGGGUUGACUUUCGAGGCGGAGCGGCAGGAGAAGACGGAAUUGGACGGCAUCCUGCAGCAGUAUAGCUGCUUUUCUGUGCAUUCUGCCUCUAAAGUUCCCGGUUCUGAGCCGCCGGCCAAGGAGGGAGCGGAGGCGGCCGCUGCGGCUUAUUGGACCACACUGGCUCCUAAUGUGAAUGACUACAGCGGGUUGAUGGCGCGGGCCGUAGCGGUUGGGUCGGGACAAUUGGUUCGGGGAAUCAUAUGGUGCGGAGACGUGACUGUGGAGCGAUUGAAAUGGGGGAACGACUUCUUGAAGAAGAGGAUGGACCCCAAUUCUAAGCCUGCUGAGAUUGACAAGCACACGUUGAAGAGGAUCAAAAGGGCUAAGAAAGUCACCAAAAUGUCUCAGAAGGUCAUGUCUGGAAUUUUAUGUGGUGUCGUGAGGGUAGGAGGGUUUUUUACCAGCUCUGUGACGAAUUCUGCAGUGGGUCAGAAGUUUUUCAGACUGUUGCCAGGAGAGGUUGUCCUUGCAACUAUUGAUGGCUUUGGUAAGGUCUGUGAUGCUGUUGAAGUUGCUGGCAAGAAUGUUCUAACAACAUCCUCUGAUGUGACAACCGAGCUUGUAACAUACAGGUAUGGAGAACAGGCAGGUGUGAUGACCAAAGAUGGGCUGGGUGCAGCAGGUCAUGCCGUUGGUGCAGCAUGGUCAGUCCUCAAGAUCAGGAACGCACUCAACCCCAAGAACACUAUCUGUGUCAUGACACCAUCGGAGUUUGCCAAGUCCACAGCCAAAGUUGCUGCAGUAGUGCUGGAGGAGAGAGCAAAGCAAGCCAAGUGAAACGUUACGAAGAUGCCGAUAUGUUCUGUCAAAUUGUUUUUACAGGUGCAGCCACCUAUUAGAAGCUACCUGUAAAGGUUAUAUCUUUUCUG